AUGUUUCUGAAGCCGUUGCGAUUGGAUAUCAAGAGGAAGCUGACGGCCAGGUCGGACCGCGUCAAAUGCGUUGAUCAGCAUCCAACAGAACCUUGGUUACUCUGUUCACUGUACAGCGGCGACGUGAAUAUAUGGAAUUAUGAAAGUCAUACACAAAUCAAGAGAUUCGAGGUGUGUGAUCUACCAGUGCGUGCAGCAAAGUUUGUACCGAGAAAGAAUUGGGUCGUCACUGGUUCAGAUGACAUGCAGAUAAGGAUAUUCAACUACAACACAUUGGAAAGAAUUCACAAUUUCGAGGCACACUCGGACUACGUCAGAUGUAUUGUCGUACACCCUACCCAACCAUACAUAUUGACCAGUAGUGAUGAUCUGCUCAUCAAGCUCUGGAACUGGGAUCGCAAUUGGACAUGUCAGCAAGUGUUCGAAGGACACACCCAUUACGUGAUGCAGAUUGCUAUAAAUCCUAAGGAUAACAACACAUUUGCUAGUGCUAGUCUUGAUACAACUGUUAAGGUGUGGCAGCUGGGAUCAUCAAUCUCGAAUUUCACAUUAGAAGGGCACGAGAAGGGAGUGAAUUGUGUAGAUUACUACCAUGGAGGUGACAAACCUUACCUCAUCAGUGGUGCUGAUGACCGCCUUGUCAAAAUAUGGGACUAUCAAAAUAAGACCUGCGUACAGACACUUGAAAGUCAUGUACAAAAUGUCUCAGCAGUAUCAUUCCAUCCGGAGCUUCCAAUACUUCUGACUGGAUCUGAAGAUGGCACAGUCAGGAUAUGGCACGCAGGAACAUACAGAUUGGAGUCAUCUCUUAAUUAUGGAUUUGAGCGUGUAUGGACUAUAUCUGCCAUGCACGGAUCCAACAAUGUUGCUAUAGGGUAUGAUGAAGGAACAAUCAUGAUAAAAGUAGGCAGAGAAGAACCAGCUAUAUCAAUGGACGUAAACGGAGGCAAGAUAAUAUGGGCUAAGCACUCUGAAAUGCAGCAGGUUAACUUGAAAGCUUUGCCUGAAGGCACAGACAUCAGGGACGGUGAAAGGGUACCAGUGGUCGCAAAGGACAUGGGAUCCUGUGAGAUAUACCCACAAACUAUUGCACACAAUCCCAAUGGCCGUUUUGUUGUUGUAUGCGGUGACGGAGAGUACAUUAUAUACACAGCUAUGGCAUUAAGGAAUAAGGCAUUCGGUACUGCCCAGGAGUUUGUGUGGGCUCUGGAUAGCUCAGAGUAUGCAACGCUCGAGAACUCAAGCACAGUGAAAGUAUUUAAGAAUUUCAAGGAGCGGAAAAGUUUUAAACCAGAAUAUGGAGCUGAGGGUAUUUUCGGCGGUUUCAUGCUUGGCGUAAAGUCAAUCAGUGGCAUGGCGUUCUCAUUCUACGAUUGGGAACAUUUAGAACUCAUUAGAAGGAUCGAGAUCCAGCCACGUCACGUGUUCUGGUCUGAAAGUGGCAACCUUGUUUGUCUUGCAACGGACGAGUCCUACUUUGUCCUGAAAUACAACCCGGCCGUGGUCACCAAGGCUAGGGAGACCAAUACUGAUAUCACUGAAGAUGGAAUCGAGAACGCUUUUGAGGUUGUAGGCGAAGUAAACGAGACGGUUAAAACUGGUCUCUGGGUCGGUGACUGCUUCAUCUAUACGAACUCUCUGAAUAGGAUAAACUAUUAUGUCGGCGGUGAAAUCGUCACGGUAUCCCAUCUCGACCACACCAUGUACAUUUUGGGAUACGUCGCUAAGGAAAACAGGCUAUACCUAAACGACAAAGAGUUAAACAUAGUGUCAUAUUCUCUGCUUCUAUCCGUUUUGGAGUACCAGACGGCAGUGAUGAGGGGUGAUUUUGAGACAGCGGAUCGUGUGUUGCCUACCAUACCUCACGACCAUCGCACUAGAGUGGCGCAUUUCUUGGAGAAACAGGGUUUCAAACAACAAGCGUUAGCGGUGUCAACGGAACCAGAACACCAGUUUGAGCUAGCUCUAGCGUUGGGUGAACUGAAGCAAUGUAAAGAAUUAGCAGAAGAGGCGGCUCGUUUAGAAGGUGGUGAGGGGGAUGGACCCUCGAGGGUGUCAUCAGCGAGGUGGUCAAGACUCGGGGCUGCAGCAGCGGUUGCAGCGGAUACAGACCUAACAAAGAUAUGUUACCAGAACGCGAGAGAUUAUAGUGCCUUGUUAUUAUUCGCUGUCAGCACAGGUGACAAAGAGUUGUUAGAAGAUGUAGCGAGGAUGUCAGCAUCGGAGGGCGAUGAUAACAUCGCUUUCGCAUCGUACUUCACGCUAAACGACCUCGACUCCUGUCUUCAGCUUCUCAUUAAAAGGAACAAGUUGCCAGAAGCCGCUUUCUUUGCCAGAUCAUACAUUCCAUCGAAGAUGAACGAAGUAGUGAUGAUGUGGCGGGAAGCGGUCGGUGCCACUAAUAAGAAGUCUGGCCAAUCACUCGCCGAUCCGGAACACUAUGACAACUUGUUCCCGGAAUACGAAGAAACCUUAGUGUUAGAAAAAUUCCAGCGUGAAUUCGGUUUCGAAUACCACUCCCAAAUGUCCAAUCUGCCGGAGAACUCAAAGAUAUGCAACAUUGAGAGGGACCUCGCUCGAGAGAAAGAGGACAUUGAGAGCCGGGGCCUCUGGAAACCGGGAUCGGCGGACGAAAGCAGUAAUUCGAAUAGAAUAGCAGAUAGUUCGGAGGCGGCGGUCGCGGAAAAGAAGCGCAAGGAUUCAUUGGACAUAAUGGAGGAGAUAGAUCGUGAAAUCGAUGAUAUAGUUCUGGAUGACGGCGUUAACGACCUGGAUCUGUCAGACGAUGCAGAUUUAAUUGACUAAUGUAUCUAGAAUUUUUUAUUUUAUAUUAAUAUUACGAUCAUUAAGUGUGUAUUUCCUAAAGUACUAAUAACAUUAAGAUUAUUAUAUAGUAUUAUAUUUCUUUUAAAACAAAA